CAGCCAAAGAGAUCUAGUCAUUUCCUUGGAGUGGACCCGAGAUACAAGUGCUUGUUGAUGCUCAUAGAUCUCUGCAGCAUCGAGUACCCACCUUGUUUGAUGGUUGUCACACUCAAGCUUUGAUUAGCACCAAUUGCUCUCAGUGAUGGCAUGAGCACCACAACAACCUUUCUUCUCUUUGACUCAUCAAAUUCACCAAAUCUGGUGUAUGAUACAGAGGUUCCUAAUUUCACGCCAUAGCAUAUGACACUCGACAUCUUCGUCGUGUCACAUGACUACAUUCACUUCUCUUGGAAUCAGCCGCCAAUUCUUCUAGAAGGGAACUCUCGUGAAGACAGGGCUUUGCUUCACUGGCUCUGAACCAUUUGCUUCGGCUUCACAAUCAUGGCGAGCCAGUCACUUCAACCACAGAAUCCUUUGAGUCCCGGCACUCAAUCGCCCGCGCCCAAGAGACAACGUUUGUCGGCCUCUAGUCUUCUGUCCAUGUUCAAGCCCAGGCAGCGACCUUUGUCUACGCCUAUGAGUCCUUUGCAAUCUACCAGCCAGCCCUCUCCAAAUAAAGCCAUGGCAGAAGAGCCCUCUGAUGCCGCAGUGUCUUCUAGCACACUCGAACUAGUGGAGGAAGUCGGAGUUGAUCGCAAAGACGCUUCUCGUGUCAACGACGAUGACGAGGAUGUCAUGUCCAAUAUCGAUGUUGCGAGUCCAACCAAACCCAGUACAGUCAAACUCAACCCCAUCACUCCAACAAGAACUCUACCUCCACGAGCUGCUCGGUCCAAAGUUGACUACAGCAAUUCGCCUCGUUCAAAUACGCCACGAAUCAAGUCUCCCAAAUCAAAUACACCCAGACCCAAGUCCAAGAGGCAACAGAUCGCUGACAAUCGUGUCCUCGAUUCUGACAUGAUCAGUGUCGAGACUACGACUCAGAAGACGAGAACGACUGCGCCGCGCAUCGUCAAAGCUGACACUGUGCGAAACCGUGUACGCGAGGAGAUUGCGACCACCACGAAAUCAAAACGCGAUGCCUUUCUCGUUCAUCACAAGGACUAUUUCUUGCCUCUGCUUCCUCCCAACAACUACAUUACCAAGCUGCUUCAAGCCAAACACAAGCACCAGGACUACGUACCCUUCACUCCUCUGAAUAAGCAACCCACCAACGUAGUUGCUACGAUGAAGCCCUAUCAGCUCACUGGACUUUCCUUCUUGGCGAACAUGUACGAGAACGCAAUGCCUGCAAUCUUGGGUGACGAAAUGGGUCUGGGAAAGACGUUGCAAACGCUUUCCCUAAUUCAACAUCUUGAAGACACUCACCCCAGCCCAGUUGGAGUUGCCCGGCCAUAUCUGGUCGUUUGCCCGCUCAGUGUUUUGGGGUCAUGGUGUGACGAAGCUCGAAAGUGGACGCCAAAGCUCAAAGUUCUCCGCUUUCAUGGUUCAGUCUCGGAGCGCAACGAUGUCAAGUUGAUGGCGUCUGGAGUCACGGACAGAUUCGGCAACGCCACAGGUCGCAACAAGACAAAGAGGGGCGACCACUCCGUCGCUGCCAACGAAGACUCUGGGACUGUCUUCGACAUCAUGGUCACCAAUUACGAGACUUUUCAGUCAGAGGCCUCCUGGCUGAAGCAUGCAUUCGCAUGGCGUUACUGCAUUCUAGAUGAAGGACACAAGAUCAAGAACGACAAGACAAACAUAUCGCUUGCGUUGCAAGGGUUGCAGGCUGAGCACCGCCUGCUCUUGACCGGAACGCCUUUGCAGAAUGACUUGCGUGAGAUGUGGGCCUUGCUCCACUGGCUGUAUCCCAAUGUCUUCAUCGAAAAGACUGCAGAAAUGUUCAAAGAGGCAUUCGACAUUGGCCGUGGUCAGGUUAACUCGAAGUUCAUGGACCAUGCACGUCAUCUACUCGAGCUCGUCAUGAUCCGAAGAAUGAAGAGCAGCCCUGGGGUUGACCUAGGAUUGCCUUCCAAGAGCGAGGUUCUUCUCUACAUCCCUCUGACACCCGUUCAACGAUUUUGGUACACACGACUCCUGACUAAAGCUGGCGGUACACUGCUCGACGAUAUUUUUGGCAAUGUGAAGCAGAAAGAACACGAAGCACGAGUCAAAGAGAUUGAAGAGGACGCUCAUCUUCACCAAGUCAAAGAUGCAGCCGGUGAUGAAUUCACCAGUCAAAGUCGUGCCCUCAUCGAACAGGCUGUUUCCAACGAAGCGACUGGAGAUAAGGAUACCUCGGCUUACAAGAAAUUGAUGAACAUCGUCAUGCAGCUCCGCAAGGCAUGUAUCACUCCGUACAUGAUCAAAGGCGCCGCUCCGGAACCAUACAGUAUUGGAGAUCACAUCAUGCAUGCCUCUGGAAAAUUCAUCGUUUUGAGCAAGCUGAUCGACGAACUAGUCGUCAAGCAGAAGAAGAAGAUUCUCAUAUUCUCGGGCUUCACCACAGCUCUUGACUACUGUGAAGAUCUCCUCGCCACCAAGGGCAGUAAUCAAAACGACGCCCCUUUCCGCCAUGUACGAUUCGAUGGCAGCACCCAACGAGCUGUGCGCAAUCUGCAGAUCAGACUCUUCAACGAUCCAUCUUCAGAGUACAAGAUCAUGCUGAUCUCCACUCGUGCCGGCGGUCUCGGCCUCAAUCUUACUGCUGCAAGCGACGUCAUAUUCCUAGAUGAAGACUGGAACCCACAGGUCACCCUUCAAGCAGAAGCGCGCUCCCAUCGCAUCGGACAAACAAAGCCUGUCACCAUCUACAAACUAUUAAGCUCCGGCACCGUCGAAGAGCAGAUGAUGGGCCGAAUCAGAAAAAAGCUGUACUUGUCUGCAAAGAUCACCGAAUCCAUGCAGGACAUUCAUUCUGCCAAUCAACCGCUGAAGAGGAAACGAGCCGCUGAUCAAGACGACGCUACAACAGAUGAUGGCCCUGAGCUUGGCUUCUCCCAAUUGAAAAGCUUGAUUCGUCGCGGUGCAACCACAUUGACUCAUCCCGAGAUUGACGUGAGCGAGAUGGUCACUUGGGAUAUCGAGACAAUUAUUGAAAAGUGCAAGGACAAGCCUAUCGAUCCUCACGUUAACGGCGAGUCUGAGGAAGUCACAGAGAAGGAGUGGCUGGCCAAGAUGGAGCGUGUCGAGAUUGCAGUGCUAGACGGUGUCAGAUAUCAGAAGAACGUCGACAAGACAGCCGCACCUACCACAACUCUUUCACGCGCAGAUCGUCGAAUGGACAAGAAUACCACAGUUAUGGUAGACGGGUUCGCAAUCAACAAGGAGAGUAUGAAUUGCAAGGCGUGGGAAGCAGUUCCGACAUUGGCAGGCAAAGACCCCCGACUCGCUGAGCCCAAACGAGAAAAGGCGGCGCCGAUCAUUCAUCAGGAAAUCUGCCAAUCCUGCUUUGAUGGUGGCGAGGUGUAUCUCUGCUCAGGCUGCCCUCGUGCUUAUCAUCUAGGCUGCUUGAGCAAGCAGUAUCAGGCCAAGGCCAAGUCCAGGAUGAAUUUCCACUGUCCUCAGCACGAUUGUCACGAUUGCGAGAAGAGCACUAACAACGCUGGUGGUUUGAUUUAUCGUUGUCGCUGGUGCCACAAAGGUUACUGCGAGGAUUGUCUUGACCCCGAAUCUGAGCUGCUUGGUGAAAACCUUCCCGAAUACGAAUUGCUGGACAACCCACCAAAGCGCAAUGCUUUCUACAUCCACUGCACCGAGUGUAAGGCAUCGCAGGAGGACCCGGAGUUCGCAAAGCUCAUCGCCAGCAUGACAGAGCAGUAUGCUACAGAGUAUGCAGACCUUCUUCGUGCUCAGUACGACAAUGUGGUUGAGAAUACUCAAGCCGGUGCCGAGGCUCUGAUGUCACCCAACAGCAGUGAAUCGCUGCCGCCCAGCCGCGACGAAUCGAUGACCGAUGGCAUAACGCUUGAGUCGUCUGGUCAGGUUACCCCUCUGAAAGUAGUCAGACAGGGCAAGCGCCGCAUGGUGGUCCUCGACCUUACCGACGACACUGAAGAUAUCAUUGAUCUCACCGAAGAAGCAGCCAACAAGGAGCCUGAGACUACUGCUGGAGCACUGAACAACAACAACUUCCAGUCAAGGGUGAAGAAGCGCAGAACUCAUUAGUCAUGGGCCGGAUUACCUGCAGGGUGUGUUUCAUAGGUUACAACGAGAGAAGAGCCUGAUGGAUUAUUAUGCAAGGGAAAGAACGAGGAGGCCAUUCGAUUCACUGUGGUUAUCAUGUACUCGUACUACCACUGUUAUCUUACAUACAGAGAGCAACACAAACAAGAUCAAUAAAUAGACUUAUUGUAUCUUUGAAAUGAUUACUGAAAGCAGAC